AUGGGUCCGACAAGUUGCAUGCUGUUCGUUGGUCUCCAGCUGCUGCUGCCACACUUGCAGCAUGCAGGACUUUGCUGUUCAUUAGCGGCAAUCUGUGGCUUCCUCAAGGCCCUUCAGGCGCAAUACCUCCCCAACCUCUACCACAACCGCAUGCAUGCGGCUCUUGUGGCGCACUUCUCCGUCUUGCUAGCGCGGAGCUCGAACCUCUACGCAACGCUUUCAUGUCGUCUUGGAACUCCCGCUGAACUGCUUUUGGCAUCCGCCCCUUCCUUGCAAACUGUAGCAGCCGGUGGCUCUUCUGCUCCUCACGCCCACCACAACGGGGCACUCCCCCCUUCAGGGCUCCCCAGCAGCAAGACGUGCAACGACAGCCAGUCACAAGAAGAGACGUUGCUGCUUCCCAGCUGCAGCUUAGGUACUCAAACGGAGGCGCAUGCAACUGGAGGACACCGAAGAGCCGUUAUAGAGGACGAAAUUGUCAUUUGCAUUGCAGCGCUGGGCCACGACGUCGCACAUCCUGGCCUAAACAACGCAUUCCUGGUGUCUACAAAUCAGUCGCUCGCCCUCGUCUACAACGACAACGCAGUCUUGGAAAAUUUCCACGCCUACAAAACGUUUAAAACCCUCUCCGACACCGCCGAUAUCGACGGAGGCAUCCUUAAGGGCUUGUCUGUUUCCGGGUAUCGGCAGUUGCGGCGGCAGGUGAUUGAGUUGAUUCUUUCGACAGAUAUGGCGCAGCACUUCCCGAUUUUGUCCUCUUUUAGGGCCCGAAACGCCUCGCAAACCUUUUCUGUUGCCUCUAACGAAGACGACAAAUGGAUGUUAGCCAAACUUUUCAUCAAAGCAGGAGAUAUAGGCCACUCCACCUUGGCCUGGGAGCAGCAUUACAUCUGGGCAUGCCGCGUUAACGAGGAGUUCUACACACAAGGAGACGUGGAGGAACAGUUGGGUUUGGUGAUUUCUCCGCUCUGUGACCGCCGCAAGGCAGCCGAAAUGCCGGCAGCGCAAUGCGGCUUUUUAGAGUACAUCGUGCUACCCUUAGUAGUGGAAAUAAGAUCAUGCUUGGAACAGCAACUAUCCCAACAGCAGCAGCAGCAAGCCCUGUGUAGUGCAAGUUCUCUUGUGGAGCCUACCUGCACAGGACUGUCUUUGAUGGACGGCAUCAUCGGACACGCUAACUAUAAUCUCAGGUGUUGGAAAAGUCUAGCGAACACCCCCAGCCCUUCUCCUGCAACAACUCCUACGGAUUCCUCUUCUGAGCCUCUUAGAGCUGCCACAGAAAGAGGAAGCAGCCUUACUGGGACAGGGAGGCAUGCAGCUGGAGCAGGAACUGUAGUACAGCAAACUCAGUAG